GAGUUAACCUAUUCUUUCGGUUAAUGUCAAAUCCAGAUAAGUUAAAUGUUAUUGUAAACAAUUGUUAUUGUUUUGGGAUUAUCUCUUUUGUCUCAAUUCUUUCACCAAGGGAGCCAUUACAGUAGAUUUGAUGAAAUGGGCUCAAAACAACUAGAAUUCGUUCCAAUCUCAUCGUCAAUAGAUCCUAGUUUUUGGAAUAAAUUGUCAGAAAUUAAAUUAAAUGAUGAUAAAUUAAAUGAGAAAGAGCACCCUGUUUGGGGAUAUUUCUCAAAUAUUAAUAAUAAAUGCAAAUUUCCAAUUCUAGAAGUUAAUAGUACUUCAUUCAACAGUCAAUUUGAUAGCCAGAAGAUAUAUAUCCCAUUCCAUGGUGAAAUACUAAACGUUAAUACGAUAGAAUUUUUCAAAGAUUUUGAUAAAACCCAACGUAUAAAUAAAAUAGGACAAGAUAUAUUUACCAGCAUAGAGAAUGGGGAAGCAUUAAAAACACCUUCAUUAUUGAAUCGAUUCUAUAUUUUGUCAUUUGCGGAUUUGAAAAAGUUUCACUUUUACUACUGGUUUGCUUUUCCUGUUCCAUACAAUCUUUCAAUAACAUACAAUGCUGUCAAAAACAUAUAUGAUGACUUCACAAAGGAUCAGCUGGAAUUUAUUUGGAACAAGUAUUGUGACAUGGAUAAUACUCAAAAACCAUAUUUUCUAGUUUCAAUUCAAGAUUCCAUAGUUGAUGUUUUUGAAUUGAAAGAUAAGCUUAAGGAUUUGAAUGAAGAGAAUGUUAAGGAUUUCUACUUUGUUUUUUAUGAUUUAUCAUUACUGGAAAAUAGCCCUGGUUCAACAUUACGAAAUUAUGUCAUACUGAUUUUACACCAUUGUCCAGUUUUGCAAGGGAAAUCCGUAAAUUUUCUAUCUCUUCGUAUAAAAAGAAACGACAACUAUAAAUUAACCUUAUCAGAGAGCCUCAUAUUUAAUUUUGAUUUACCAGUUUGUCAAUCUUCUGUUUCUGAUUUCAUCAACCAAGAUCCAGAGAAGAAAUGGGUUGGCUGGGAAAAAAAUGAGAGAGGUAAAUUGGGACCUAGGUUGUCUAACAUGAAGAGCUUUUUAGAUCCUAAGGAACUCGCUGAAAGUUCUGUAGAUUUGAAUUUGAAACUGAUGAAAUGGAGGCUAUUAUCCAAUGUUGACUUAGAAAAAAUUAAAAUAACAAAAUUUCUUCUUUUGGGAGCUGGAACCUUAGGUUGUUCAGUUGCUAGAAUCCUUUUGGGUUGGGGUGCUAGAAAUAUAUCAUUUGUGGAUAACUCGGUAGUAUCAUAUUCAAAUCCAGUACGUCAAAGUCUGUUUACUUUUGAAGAUUCCCAGAAUGCAAAACCAAAAGCAGUGGCUGCAGCAGAAAACCUUCGGAAAAUUUUUCCAGGAGUUAAGUCCAAAUCAUACCAAAUGACAAUACCAAUGCCUGGACAUCCAGUAGGGGAAAGCAUGAUGGAGGAAUUGAAAAAAAACAUAGAUCUUCUUACAAGCCUCAUCUGUGAACACGAUGUCAUAUUUUUACUUAUGGAUUCUAGAGAAAGUCGUUGGUUGCCAACUCUCCUUGGGGCCUAUUUCAGUAAAAUCGUUAUCAACGCUGCCCUUGGUUUUGACUCCUACCUAGUCAUGAGGCAUGGUGUGCGGAUCGACACAGAAGAACUCAGAGUGAGGCAGCAUGAAUCAGGAUUCAAAAGUUUGAAAGGCAAUUUCCUUGGCUGUUACUUUUGCAACGAUGUAACAGCACCUGGUAACUCUAUGAGGGAUAGGACUUUGGAUCAGCAAUGUACAGUCACAAGACCAGGUGUUUCGGCCAUUGCAGGAGCCCUCACAGCAGAACUGGCUAUAUCGCUAUUACAACACAAAGAAGGAGCAAAAGCUGCAGCUUUUUAUCAGGUAGGAAAUAUAGUGAACACAGAGCAAGAACUCGACUAUCAGUGUGUGUUAGGAAUAAUACCACAUACAAUUCGAGGAUACUUAUCGACAUUCAGCCAAGUUUGGCCAGCAGUUCAGAGGUAUCAGCAAUGUAUAGCUUGCUCAGAUACCAUCUUGAAUGUGUAUCGCAAAGAUGGUUUCAGUUUUCUACUUCAAGUUUUCCAAAAUUCUAAGUAUUUGGAAGAUAUUACUGGUUUAACAUUUAUGAAUAAGGAAGCUGAAGAUGCCUUGGUCUUUGAGUUCAGCGAUGAAGAGGAGGUUCAAUGUAUAGAGUGUUAUGAUAAAACUAAUGCAGAUGCUGCAUCGAAAACUUCACUUGAUCAGGAGACGAAUGUAGAAAAAACUGAAUCAGUUCUAGUCAAAUCAGAAGUUGGAUCCCAGAUUUCUGGUAUAUUUGAAGGAAAUGAAACUUCCCAGAUCUAUAACCCUACUGAUUCCUCCAUCCUCGAAAUACAAUCAUUGACAGAAACUAUAGGAGAAAUCUUGGAAGAUUUGAUAAAGAACGCAGAAAAGGUUAAUGAAACAAAAGAACCAUUGGUUUCUAGAAAAUCGGAUGUCAGUAUUUCCAGUAAUGAAUUCUUCGAUAGAAUUUUACCAGAUGAUAUUUUGAGUAUUGUAAGGAAAAUCCAAAUUCCUUCUCAUUCUGCCUCUUCAGAAUCUGUUCGAAUAGAAAUGAAUGAAAAACUAUCUGAGUCACCGAAUUUAGAGCAGAUAUUCCAUAGUAAAGUUUUGUAUCAAACCAGUAAUUAUUUCAAUGAAAACUCCUCUCAAUUUUCCCUUGAAAAUGAUUUUUCCAUGAAUCUAAAGCAAUCUCAAGAUGAGGGAUCAAUCAAUGUACCCUCAGUUUCAACAUCAACUGUCAAUCCGUCAAGUGAUAUUAUGGCUAAACCGGGAAUACCGAAAGAACUACUUCCUGUUUUUGAGAAGCAAGGUUCUAAAAGAAGUUUAUUUUAUAGUAGUGCAACAAGUACCAUAUCGAGAAAAACUGUAACAGAUCAGAAAAUAACUGAAAUAUCGAAGCCAAUAACUAAGGAAUAUUCUGUCUUGAAUAUCGAUGAUGUGGAAAAAGGAAUGGGUAGUUCUUAUUGGAAAAAUGAUAACGCAGCUUUGGUUUCAAGCACUGAAUUUGGGACAAUAGAUAUUCCCAAAAAAUUUUCACCUUUGAAAACUUAUGGUACACCAGUGAAAGUAGGGGAUCCAACUGUAAUAAAUGCCAUGAAUCAAAAAUCGCGUACAGCUAGUUUAUUAACUUUGAAAUCAUUGAUUAGAAAUUUCGUCAGUUCAAGUUCUUCCGAAAAUCUGAGUGCUUUUGCUUCUGGAAGUGAAAAAAGUAGCACUUCCAUAUCUAACAAAUUGAAAAAAUAUUUUGUGGCGAAGAAUAUUAAAACAAGUUCUGACUCAAUAUCUGGCAAUGAACUAUUCAAGGAAGAGGAGAAUAAAAUCGAUGAAAUAAUAACCAUUGCAAAACCACAACAAAUAUUCAGUUCUGGAUCUUUAACAUCUGAAAAUUUAGGUGCAGAUGAGAGUAUUUACUAUCUAGCAGAAACUGACUCUGAUAAAACUUUUAUGUAAAAGUAACAUCGACUGAUCAGUUAUAAAUAUUCCUAUAUUUAAAUUUUGCCUUUCCAUUUCCAAUUAUCUAGAGCAAAAGUUGUAAUCAUCUCAAAUAUGAGAGAAAUAUAUUGAGCAGUAUGUAAUUGUAUCCAGUAAAAAAAUAUUUGUGAGAAAGACUGAAUAAAUAACAUGAAAUUUA